AUGAUUUGGGUGAUUCUUUAUGGCUGCUUACUUCCCCUGGCUGGCGCCGUCUACGACGUUCUGGUGCCUACGGGCACCCACAAUCUUACGGACUACCUCCAAACCCGACAGAAACGCCAUCAGAUGAUCUACAGGAACGGCGGAACCAUACGUCUGGUAGUCGGACCCGUGAUGGCCACUCAACUGGAGGACCCGGUCACCUGGCGUGGCUUGCUCUACUUCUGGACGCUGCACUUUGGCGGAUAUACGUUGCCCUCAGAACCGCUCUAUCCCUGGGAUAAAUGGGAGUCGAUCUAUGCGCGAUCGCUGCAGGAGCAGGCCCGACGGUUGGAUGCCUCUCACGAGGACGAUACCCGGCUGUUUGUAUACGAUGUAUUAGAGAAGUACAUGGACCAGGAAAGUGGCUCGGUGGGUCUGGGUCGUCAGUGCUUGUUGCGUGGCAUCUGCCAAAAUGCCCAGAUCCAUCGACAUGUGGGAAUCAUGGCUGAGCUCCUAAACAUAUUACUUACACCCGGUAAGGCGCUCUUAGAUUUUUCCUAUACGGAGGCACAUUCUGCGGGACUAGCGGGCAGCCACUGCUUGGAGCAGUUCGCAGAGUGUCCACGAGGAAAGAGUGUCUUGGAUGCUUUUGCAGUGGAUGUGGAUUAUUGA